GGCGGCGCUGAUGCGCUUAACGCCCGGACCGCGGGCCCCAGAGGGAGUGUGUUCUCCCGGCUCUCCGAGUCCGCAGGCAUGUCGGGCGGCAGGCUGAUGAGAGCCAUCAGAGCGAGCGAGUUUGGAGCUCCGUCGGUCCUCGAGCUCCGCUCAGAUGUGGCUGUCCCACGGCCCGGGCGCGGACAGGUGUUGAUCCGUGUCCAUGCCUGUGGGGUGAACCCUGUGGAAACCUACAUCCGUGCUGGGACGUACGCCCGUAGACCCCCCCUGCCGUACACGCCGGGCACCGACGCCGCUGGCGUGGUGGAAAGUGUCGGAGAGGGCGUCGCUGCAGUAAAGGCAGGAGAUCGUGUUUUCACCACAGCCACGGAGUCUGGGGCCUAUGCAGAGUUCGCUGUAGCAGCUGAGGCCUGUGUCCACAAACUGCCUGAUGCUUUGGAUUUCCCACAGGGAGCAGCGUUGGGGAUCCCUUACUUCACUGCCUACAGAGCCCUCAUUCACAAAGCCCAUUGCAAGGCUGGAGAGACCGUUCUCAUCCAUGGAGCCAGUGGAGGGGUGGGCGUGGCAGCGUGCCAGUUGUCCCGUGCUCUGGGACUCAGGGUGCUGGGAACAGCAGGGACACCAGAGGGAAGGAAGCUGGUUCUCAACAACGGAGCUCACCUGGCCUUCAAUCACAGAGAAGAGGGCUACACAGAUAAAAUCAUGGAAGCCACAGGCGGCAGAGGCGUAGAUGUGAUAGUGGAGAUGCUGUCAAAUGUCAACCUGAGUAAGGACCUCCAGAUGUUGGCCUACGGAGGACGUGUUACGGUCGUUGGCUCCAGGGGCCCCAUAGAGAUCAACCCCAGAGACACCAUGGCUAAAGAGAGCAGCAUCAUGGGAGUUGCUCUCUUCUUUUCUACCCCGGAGGAGAAGAACGAGUGUGCAGCGUUGCUCUACGCGGGGAUGGAAGCUGGUUGGCUGCGCCCGGUCGUCGGUUCCCAGUAUCCGCUCGAAAAGGCCGCCCAGGCCCACCAUGACAUCAUUGAGUCCCCCGGGGCUGCUGGGAAGAUAGUCUUGACCAUGUGAUGCCAUGACCAUGUCACAGGUCAAAGUAGGGUUUGGACUGUUUAUAACGGGGAGACUCUUAGGGGGCUGCUGAACAUGACCUUGAAAUUGGUUUGAUUUUUUUUUUUGUUUUUUUUUUUUAACUACAAUACAGAUGUGCUCACUGAUGCUCAAUAUGGUCUGUCAAAUUGAAUAAGACAAAGACAGUAAGGUUUACUCAAACCUAAUGAUGAUUAUAUGACUAUAUUUUAUCAUUCAUUUUGAUAAAUCAUUCUCUCAAGGAAUGAUGUGAAAAGUUUCAGUGUCACUGUGGAUUCUCCACUUGUUCGGCUUGGUGCUUUUCACAGUGCAAGACUAGCUAGCCAGGCCACUUUGGCCACCUUUUUGUAACUUAAAUUACAUUCUCCAUGCUCAUCGUAGCUUUAUAGUGAGUGUCAGCUCAUUUUUAGGCCGUCUGACCCACGAGCUUACUGUUUAGGUUCACUCUCACUGCUCUCAUAGCAGCAGAAAAACCUCUAUAAACCCACACUGCACAACCUGCUCGGCUUAUUAUAGCUAGGCUGUCAGCGAGCAAUGCGUCAUUACUACAAGCGAGCCCCUUCACAUUACUAAUACUCAUUUGGUCCAUCCUUAAGAUAGAAUUUUGAUUACUGCAGUUUUAUGUGAAUGUUUCAGAUGAGGCACUGUAAUCAUUAAAUAAUACACUGUGCAAGGUUUUCGACUGUACACGUUCUAAUUUAAUCAUGAAGGUGCCAAAAUGUUUUCAAGCUGACUGAUUCAAGCACUUGAACUGUGAAAUGAGAGUAAGAGAUGAAUCAAACAGCUGAUAUAAAAUUGUAAGAUGAGUAUCAUCAUUCCUUUAACAAGGAAUUCUAAUACUUUCAAACUGUUCAUUUGCUCAUUUUGGUCUUCUCCAGACCAAAAUCCCAUCUUGUCUCUAUCUUUGAUUUUAAAGACAUUUGAGGAGAUGGGAACUAGGCAUACGUACAAUAGCCUCACCUUGCAAGGAAAUAAAUGUAAACAUUUAUCUUAGCUGUAAAUUGUGAAUGAAAAUAAAA